AUGCUCUGGUCUAGAGAGCAGCGGGCCUUCGCAGUUGAGAGCUUCUUUUCUAACGGUCGCUCACUUGUUGCUACGCAACGUGCCUUCCGCGCUCGCUUUGAAAUUCCUCCUCACAGACUCGUUCCUGGCCGUAAUUCAAUUCUGUCGUGGGUUAACUCAUUUCGGGAGUGUGGAAGUGUCUCUAAACCCAGAAAUGGACUUCAACGGACCAUCAGAACUCCGGAAAAUAUCGAAAGAGUGAGGCAGUCAGUUGUGCGUUCUCCCCGGCGUUCGGCUCGCAAACACGCAGCUGCUAUGAGAAUUUCUGACACCACUGUUCGACGAAUUCUCCAUAAAGACCUUCAAUUUCAUCCCUAUAAAUUGGCUGUUGUGCAAGAAUUAACUGAACGCGAUUUUGUUGCCCGUCAAAAUGCAUGUGAAAUGCUGAUUGACAACCUGCCUGAAGACGCGAUCGUUUUUUUCAGUGACGAGGCUCACUUCCACAUUUCCGGCUGCGUCAACAAGCAAAACAUGCGUUAUUGGUGUGGUGUAAAUCCGCGUGAGCUUCACCAGAAGCCACUUAAUUGUGAGCGAGUUACUGUCUGGUGUGCGAUGUCGGUAAUGGGAAUAAUUGGUCCUUAUUUUUUUGAAGAAAACGAACGCGCAGUUACCGUGAAUGGAGCUCGUUACAGGAACAUGAUUGAGGAAUUUUUUCUUCCAAGACUCGAAGAAAUGAAUGUUAGGAACGUGUGGUUUCAGCAAGAUGGAGCCACAGCACACACAGCACGAGACUAA